AUGGCUCCCGCUAACCUGCCCUCCAUCUUCAAUGCCACGUCCCAGGACAUCGAGAUGCUCCUGGCGGCGCAGUGCCACCUCGGUUCCAAGAACCUGCAGGUGCACAUGGAGCCUUACCUGUGGAAGACCCGUGUCGAUGGUGUCAACGUGAUCAACAUUGGCAAGACCUGGGAGAAGAUUGUCCUGGCCGCCCGCAUCAUCGUCGCCAUCGAGAACCCGGCCGACAUCUGCGUCAUCUCCGCCCGUCCCUACGGUCAGCGCGCCGUCCUCAAGUUCGCCGCCCACACCGGCGCCUCCCCCAUCGCCGGCCGCUUCACCCCCGGUAGCUUCACCAACUACAUCACCCGCUCCUUCAAGGAGCCGCGCCUGAUUGUCGUGACCGACCCACGCACCGACGCCCAGGCCAUCAAGGAGGCCAGCUACGUCAACAUCCCCGUCAUCGCCCUCUGCGACACCGACUCCCCCACCGAGUACGUCGACGUCGCCAUCCCCACCAACAACAAGGGUCGCCACGCCAUCGGCACCAUCUGGUGGCUGCUCGCCCGCGAGGUCCUGCGCCUCCGCGGUACCAUCUUCAACCGCGAGACUCCCUGGGACGUCAUGGUUGAUCUGUACUUCUACCGCGACCCUGAGGCCGAGGCCGAGGAGAAGGUCGAGGAGGAGAAGCUCAUCACCGCCCCUGAGGAGGAGGUCCCCGUCGCCAUCGAGUCCGGCUUCCCCGCCGCCGGCGGUGACUGGGAUGCUCCCGCUCCCGGCUUCGCUGGUGCUACCCCCGCCGCCGCUGGCUGGGACGGUGCCGGUGCCGGUGCCGGCCAGGACUGGGCCGCUUCCGGUGGCCAGGAGUGGGCUGCUGAGGCUCCUAAGGACAGCCAGUGGUAA